AUGAAGUUUGUUUGUGCUCAAAUUCAUGUGAAUUCCUUUAGGAGAUCUCGUCUUUUCUUGUCUUCUAGAUUAAAACUCAGCUUGAUAGGUUCUCCUGCGUCUUUCCCCAUUCCCGCAUUGCAACUCGCAUCUGCUCAGUCUAACCAAGUUCGUUAUGCCACUUUUGAAUCCAUCGACAUCACCGUCCUUUCUUCUAAAGAUCAUUCACCGCCGUUGUUUCGGUUAAACUUCAAUAGAUAUUUCAUCGGUUUCAACAUUGUUUGGGAAAGAAACGUCUCAGUUUCAUUUACUAGCUUUGUUGUUGUUGUUGUUGUUGUUGUUGCAGUGAAGGAAGUUGUGUUGAAAUCGAAGUCGCUUUUAACUAAGGACAAGAUUUUAGUUUCUAUUACUGCAGGAAUCAAGUUGAAAGAAUUCAGGUAA